AUGGCGCACAUUCCCAGCGCUCAGCAGCAGCAGCAGCCACACCUGCCCCAGGAUUACUUCAGGUCCGUGAGCAGUGAGUCCACGGCUUACAUGAUGGUCCCAGCUCCAGCGGGAGUCUCUGGGGGUCCGGCCCGGGUCAGGGGCUCCAGAGAGGCCCCCGUGUCUCGCGCCUGGGUGGCCCUGGUGGUGGUCGUGGUGGUGGUGCUCCAGGUGGCCUCCACUACCGGACUGUUCGUGUACCUCAACAUGUCCAUCUCCCAGACCCAGACCCUGCUGCUGUUGGCUCAGCUGCAGCCGCCUCGCUCGGCUCAGCGUGACGCAUGGACAUAUGAAACGUACAGUUCAUACCUGGACUCUGGCUCAGACCUGGACUCUGGCUCUGACCUGGACUCUGGCUCAGACCUGGACUCUGGCUCAGACCUGGACUCUCGUUCAGACCUGGACUCUGGCUCUGACCUGGACUCUGGCUCAGACCUGGACUCUCGCUCAGACCUGGACUCUCGUUCAGACCUGGACUCUGGCUCUGACCUGGACUCUCGGUCAGACCUGGACUCUCGCUCAGACCUGGACUCUGGCUCAGACCUGGACUCUCGCUCAGACCUAGACUCUGGCUCAGACCUGGACUCUCGCUCAGACCUGGACUCUCACUCAGACCUAGACUCUGGCUCUGACCUGGACUCUCGGUCAGACCUGGACUCUCGCUCAGACCUGGACUCUGGCUCUGACCUGGACUCUCGCUCAGACCUGGACUCUCACUCAGACCUGGACUCUGGCUCAGACCUGGAAUCUCGACCUGGACUCCCGCUCAGACCUGGACUCUCGCUCAGACCGGACUCUGGCUCAGACCUGGACUCUCACUCAGACCUAGACUCUGGCUCAGACCUGGACUCUCGCUCAGACCUGGACUCUCGCUCAGACCUGGACUCUCGCUCAGACCUGGACUCUCGCUCAGACCUGGACUCUCGCUCAGACCUAGACUCUGGCUCAGACCUGGACUCUCGCUCAGACCUGGACUCCCGCUCAGACCUGGACUCCCGCUCAGACCUGGACUCUGGCUCAGACUGGACUCUCGCUCAGACCUGGACUCUGGCUCAGACCUGGACUCUCGCUCAGACCUGGACUCUCGCUCACACCUGGAACCUGGACUCUCGCUCACACCUGGACUCUCGCUCAGACCUGGACUCUGGCUCAGACCUGGACUCUCGCUCAGACCUGGACUCUCGCUCAGACCUAGACUCUGGCUCAGACCUGGACUCCCGCUCAGACCUGGACUCCCGCUCAGACCUGGACUCUGGCUCAGACUGGACUCUCGCUCAGACCUGGACUCUGGCUCAGACCUGGACUCUCACUCACACCUGGACUCUGGCUCAGACCUGGACUCUCGCUCAGACCUGGACUCUCGCUCAGACCUAG